AUGACCAAUUUGUCACAGGUUGUGCAUGGGACUGGCUGUAGUGCAAAAGAUACUUUGUACGCUGGAGUGGAAUUUUACUACCAGGAAAAUAUAGAUGUAAUGAUUGGUUCCCCUUGUUCCAGUGGAAACAUUCCACUGGGACUUCUUACAUCACAAUGGAAUCUACCUCACAUCUCGUGGGUAUCGACAAGUCCAGUUUUAGCCGACAAGACAGUGUACACAACGCUGGGAAGAACACUGGGAUCCUUUAGUAAAAUGGGACCGGCAUUUGUUGAUAUCUUUCGAUAUUUUGGUUGGAAUAGAACGGUUAUCCUGUCAUCGGAGGAUGCUGUGUGUUCGUAUUCAUCAGAAGCAGCAAAUGGUGCCCUGAUCAAAAACGGAAUCAGAGUGGUUGAUUAUGAUACGUUUACUUUGGACAUUACCGACAGUGAGAUGAUAAGACUUUGGAAGAAAACGAAACUUGUUGGCAGAAUUAUCAUAUUCUGUGCUUCUGCCGCGUUGGAGCGUCAUUUCUUACUAUUGGCACAUGAUAUCGGCAUGUCAAAUGGGGAGUAUGUGUUCCUAAAUGUUAAAUUACUUGAUGCUGAUCAAUACAUCCAACCCUGGUUUGCUGGGGAUGAUCGGGAUGGAGACGCAAGACACAUAUAUGGGUCAGUGUUUCAGAUUUCCUACGCUAAGCGCGAUAAAGAAGAAACGUAUGCGUUUAUGAAGGAAGUUUUGAAUAAGUCUGCCGGUAAUCCAGAGAAUAUUACUGUUGACGCCGGUGUUGAGAUAUCGGCUAGUCCAUACAGUCCGUUCCUACACGAUGCGAUGAUUCUGUAUGCAAUGGCUGCAAAUAAAACCCUCGAGAUGGGAGGAGAUAUCCGAGAUGGGGAAUUGAUGUUUGACAACAUGAAGGGUAUUGUAUUCAGCGGGAAGUCCGGUACCGUGGUGAUGGAUAACAAUGUUGAACGGGAACCAAACUAUUGGGUGAAAGAUUUGAGAUCCGACGGUUUUUUUGGGACCAUCAUGGAAGUUAGUGUCAAUGUAACAGGGCAACGGAGCAUAAACGUAUUUGAUGUUCCUAUAUGGGGGAACGAACUCACAGAUCCGCCACCAGACACUCCAGUAUGUGGUUUUCUUAAUGAAUUAUGUUCACCAGAUGAGAUCGAGACGAAUCUGAAAAUACUCAUCAUUGUAGUCAUCGUGAUGUUUCUGGUAUGUCUGGUCGUUGUGGUAUCUCUCUAUUACCGGCGUAGGAAGUUGGAGGAAGAGCUGGCAAAUACACUGUGGAAAGUUCGGUACGAUGAAAUCGUAUUUGACAAGACUAGAAGAUUUGGCAGUAUGGCAAGUGACCUUAGCUUACAGAGUUUGAAAAGCGAUAAAAGAUCGCGCUCUUCACAACUAAACGUACCAAGCAUUGUGACUGACCAGAUCUUCACAAAAACUGGACUUUACAGAGAUGCCCUAGUAGCUAUAAAACGAUUGAACAGAGAAAACAUUGUUGUCGACCGGGAAGACUUGCUGGAAAUAAAAGCUUUGCGUGACAUGCAUCAUUUGAAUGUUAAUGCAUUCAUUGGAAUCUGUCCAGAUGAACCUAAUGUAUGUAUACUGACACAGUAUUGUCCUAAAGGAAGCUUCCAGGAUGUUUUGCAAAACGAUGACAUCAAGCUUGAUUGGUUGUUUAAAACAUCCUUGCUGACUGACUUAGUUUCGGGAAUGGAGUACAUACACAAGUCGAGAGUUGGUUCACACGGCCGUCUAAAAUCAUCUAACUGUGUGAUUGACAGUCGAUGGGUUUUAAAAGUCACAGACUAUGGAUUAAAUCGAUUCAAAAGUCAUACUCAAGAUGAUGGUGAUUAUGCUUAUCAUGCAGGCCUGCUGUGGACAGCACCAGAAAUCUUGCGUAGCAGCCAACGUCCGCUGAAUGGCACGCAGAAAGGAGACAUAUACAGCUUUGCUAUAAUCAUCGGAGAAACAUUGACAAGAAGUGGACCUUUCGACACACACAUUCAUAGUCCCAGAGAAAUUGUGGAAUUAGUUAGUAAAGGUGGUACGCCACCCUUCCGACCAGGAACAAUCGCAGCUGGCAAAAAUACAAAAGAGCAAUUCAGUAUGAUAUCUUUGAUGCAGAAAUGCUGGGACGAAGAUGAAAGUAUGAGACCCACGUUCCGGGAAAUUAAGACGACACUGAGUAUUAUAACACGUGGGAAGAAUACCAAUAUUGUAGACAACAUACUAAACAUGAUGGAGAAAUAUGCCAACAAUCUUGAGGACAUUGUUGAGGAAAGAACACGGAUGUUGAUGGAAGAAAAGAAGAAAACUGACAAAUUGUUGUACAGUAUGCUCCCGAGGAGCGUGGCAGAUCAACUUAAACUCGGCAGAAGAGUAGAUGCAGAAUUAUAUGACCAGGUCACGAUAUUUUUCUCCGACAUAGUUGGAUUCACCCAGCUUGGCGCUGAAAGUACGCCUCUCCAGGUAGUCGACUUUCUUAAUGACUUGUACACCAUGUUUGAUGAUACAAUCGUCCACUUUGAUGUAUAUAAGAUUGAAACUAUUGGUGACGCAUACAUGGUAGUUUCCGGCCUCCCCCAGCGAAACGGCAGGCGACACGCGGGCGAAAUAGCCAACAUGGCGCUAAAUUUGCUAUGUGAAGUAACAAAAUUCAAAAUUCGGCAUCUUCCCGGCAGACAGUUACAGUUACGUAUUGGUAUACACAGCGGACCUUGUGUGGCUGGUGUUGUUGGUCUCACCAUGCCACGGUUUUGUCUCUUUGGUGACACGGUCAACACGGCAUCACGAAUGGAGUCUUUUGGGCAAGCUCUCCGUAUUCACAUUAGCCCAUCAACAGCCCGUGCAUUAGAAGCGCUUGGUGGAUACAAGAUGACACCCAGAGGAUCAGUCAAUAUUAAAAGAAAACAGUCUUUAUAUGAUAGUUCCGAUGACUCGGUUAACCAGACGUGA